UACUAUGUAAACAAGUGGAUUGUGACAUUGACAGUUUGAGGUUAGUUUGUUUAUUAUUGAUUGUUGGCAUUAAAACAAACUGUAAAUGGCAGAAAGUCUUUAUCCUCCGUAUUCUCGGCUUUAUGUUGCUUGUGACAAAAAUACAACAGAAGAGGAACUAACAGGAACGUUUCAGAAUUUUGGAAGCGUUCAAAAUGUUAACUUGUGUAGAGAUCGUGCUACGGGGAAACCUAAGGGAUUUGCAUUUGUGCAAUUCGACAAAACAUCGGAGGCUGCAACUGCCAUGGAGGCUGUGAACGGUUCCACCAUUGGGCAUUCCAAUCGUCCAGUCAGAGUCACAGUUGCAUUAUCGAGAGAUCAGGCCAGCUCCUCGUCCUCAAAUGAUCCUUCUCAGUUCCACAGACUGUUUCUAGUCAUUCCCAAAACUUUUACAGAGAACGAUCUGGAUGAGCAUUUUUCACGCUUUGGUUCAAUUGAAAACGUCUCCAUAGUGAAGGAUAGAGAGACGAAAGAAAACAAGGGCUAUGCUUAUGUCAAGUACAAAAAAUUCUCGGAUGCAGCCCGAGCCUUUGAGAACUGUGACCGUUCGUAUAAAGUAGUGUUUGCCAAACCCAAGGGACCAGCGGGAGGUGGGCGGCCGAUUGAGCGUGAGGCAUUAUCUAGGCCAGAGCCUGUCUCAAUUUGUACACAUAUUGAGGAGAACCCUCAUGGCUACACAGGUCUGUGGGCCCAGGUGUCAAUGGAUCUACCAGACGAGCAUAUUGAGUGGCUAUUCGACAUUCCACCUGGUCUUGAGUAUGUCCGCUUCUUCAAUGAGAUCCCUUAUGACAAUCCGCAGUACUCGAGGAAGGUGUUUGCUCAAUAUGACAGCCCAGGGACAGCAGCCUAUGCUCUCCGCAAGUUGGAUGGAUUCGAGUACCCAGCAGGCUCGCGUGUACGAGUCAAGCCUGACUACCAAUACUCUGACAGAAUGCUUGCAUUGGACAGACAACGCCAAGGGCCUCACUCAAUCUCGAACUUGAUGCAACAGGUGGAGAGUCUCAAUAAGAGUCUGAAUGAGGCUACGAGGCUCAUCAAAUCUGCCGGCAUUUCCACACCGUUCACUACCAACCCCAAUCAUCUGGAAGCCUUCCGGUGCUCUGCCAAGCUGCCCCCUCCUCAGCCCCUGGCUCCAUCUGGCAGUGUUCCUCAGGAACGACUAUUUGUGGUGUGUGAACCUGGUCUGCCACCUCAGGAUGCUCUCUGGGAUGUGUUUAGCCGCUUCGGAAACCUUAUCGAGCUCUACAUCCUCAAUGGCAAGAACUGCGGCUACGCCAAAUACUCUGACAAGGAUUCAGCUCAUAAAGCCAUGCAGACACUAAAUGGACAAGAACUGUACCGAAUGAAGCUCAAGGUGUUGAUAGCUGAGCCGCAGAGAGAGGAUCGCAAGCGGCCUCGCACUAACUAUGACUGAACUGGCAACUGAAGCGACUUACAUCUACUGUUUGUGUUGGUGCUGCUCCACGCCUCGUGCGAAUUAGCAUCGCAGCCGAUUACCAACUCCAAAGUGCUCCUCCCAGCAUAAUCUCCCAAGGCAGCCAUCUCUCUGAAGGGUGUAGAAUCAACAUAAUCAUACGGGAGAUAUGAUGAAAUCAUCAGGGUUCGUUCAGUGCCAGCUCCAAUCAGCCUGACGGUGGAGAUAUCUCUGGAACAAAAUUCCAGAACAGGAAUGUUGUUCACCUUGUUGCUUACAAAAAAUAAAAUCUUUGGCAUUAUUAUUAUGGGUGCUAAUAAUUUUAACCCCUGUCAUGGAAAGCCCUGAUAUUUUACCCUUACAAAUCCAGGGUACCUGUAUUACAGCCGCAUGAAAAUCUUCCUCAUGUUCUCAGCUGGACCUGCUCUACACCAAUGAAAACCUUCAGUUCCUCACUUUAAGAGUCGCUGCUGACUGCUCAUCUAUCAACAUUACAAUUGUUCUGGAACCUCCUGUGUGGGCAUCUCCGACAACCUUCCAGUUAGCCACGGAAUUUCCAGCCGUCUGUUUGGCAAUGGCCUUAAGGAUGGUUGCAUAGUCCUUCCAGGCCACAGAUCCAUCAACCCUGAAGAAGUCCUUGAUAGAUCUUAUGAGCUCCCUAUAGUCUCCAAAGACCUCUUCUAUCUAUCCCCUCAGUACCACAACAUUGAACCCCGGAGCCAGAGUGCAGAGCCAGUCCCUUGCUACAUAACAUGAUGAGAGCUCCUCUUUCAAGAAAGCACCUCUUAAACUGCAAAAACACACCCUCUGCUGAGAAAACCUCAUCAAGGAAAGCACCUCUCAAACUACAGACACACACCCUCUGCUGAGAAAACAUCAUCAAGGAUGCAGCUGCGAGGCCUCAUCCUCCAAGAAGCACCUUUCAGGAAAGAUCUUGGGACCAAAGCAACUUUAUGUCCCGUCAAAACCUCCCUAAAUGUAUCCCCCACUCUGUUGAAGGAGUAGUUUUGCAAUCUGUCGGCUCUGAAGGUGCGGUUGGGUGCCUCUUCCACCCAAGUGCCCUCUCUUCCUACUUGGAGUACAGUCAGUUCUUCCAAUUUUACCAAAUGCUGACUCCCUAUGCUUCUUUAGUCUUUUCCUUUCAUUGGCUGAUUUCUAGCUAUUUGCCUCCUCUAUUCGUUAUCCGGAAGCCAAGUGCCAUCAGCGUUCUUUUGCUCCUUCAACCACUGCUUUCAAUUUGCAAAGGAGCUUGAGAUUGUAGUCCAGUUAACAUGCUGCAGAUUGUGUCCAUGGACUCAACCUCUACAUCAACACCACCAACUGCUGAGUCUUCGUUGAUGGUAAUUGAGCAUGAUGAACAGGCAGGGACAUCCAAAGCCAAGCUGCUGGAUGCAGCUGCCUGCUGUAAGUGUUCUAGAUCAAGAUCUUUUGGGUUUUGUUUAUUUUUGUUUUUAAACUUGAUAAAAGUUCCACAAAUAUUGAGGAAAUCUAGUCAGAGCCUCGUAUGAUCAGGUAAGGUUAUUUUACCUUUAGUACCUUUGGAUCUCCUCUUCUUAAUGACAGGACAACUGAGAUCAAAAGAAACCCAAAAUUGCAGAAGUUAGACUGUCAGCAGAUUUGUCCAGCUGUACUGUAUUGUGAAUCCGUUUCCGGUUACUACCUUUGGAUCCUAGUUGUACCUGUAGGUUUUCCUUGUAUGAUACCCAGUUUGUGUUUCUUGGAUUCCUAUACUGGACUUUUUUCAAGUUCCAGUAUAGUUCUAAACAUAUAUAUAGUUCUAAACAGCUCAAUCCCCAAGGGCUCCGUUCACGAUGCACUAUCCCCAUACCAUGUAUGUCUUGGGCACAGGUCGCUUCACACCAUGGGAUAGGAGGCUCCCAGUCCAUAUAAAAGCAUAUGUGUUGUACGAUUCUGGACAGACCACUCGAGACUGGCCAUGCCCAACCUGGCACCACUCCUACGAGGUGUCGAGGGCAACUGCUGCCACAGUGCACAAUUGGGGCACUAGCCUAGUUCCUGGGGUACAGUUGACAUGCAGGACACUUAUCCAAGUGUCCAUUCAAGUCCAACCAUUGGUUGGAUUUGGAUCCCCCAUUGGUCUUGCGUGGCACUAGAGACAGUGUCACCGUUAGGGAGGUACUUUCCCAGUUCAUUGGGGAUCACCCAAACUAAGUUCAGCCCAUCCCCUAGACCCCUGUAUUACAUUUAGGCAAACACAAAAUAUUUAAGUCCCAGUAAAUGAUUUUGUUACUUGUGCUCAUACUCAGGGGGCAAUUAUAGAAGGUUCUGUUCGAUACCGGUGUCUACUUAUUCUUCAGAUAGCAAAUAAACCACACUUCAGUAACUGCCAUAGCAGAUAACUCUCUCAUGCAUUCAGUUAGCAUUGUGAUAUACUUGAAACCAUGAUACUUUUGUGGAGAUGUAACAAUGGUUUCCUUCGUAGAAAACCUGGAAAAGCGUGGAUUAUGUGUGAAUUUGUUUAAUGUACAUGUAAUUUUUACUAGUGAUGGAUCGAUUUCGAUACUCUAUACCGCAGCUCUCUGAAUCUCAUUAUUUGGUUGUAGCAAUUCAACCUUAUGAACUGGAAAACUCGUGGUUUCAUACUGAAAGUUUGAGUACCGCACACCUCAAACCCGCAUUAAUGGACUCUCCUCUGUGGUAGCGCUAGUUGAUAAUUGUUUAUUCUCUUUAUUUUUCUGAAUUGAAUAUACGCAUUUUCCAAACAUCAUAGAAAGGAAUAUAAUUAGGUAUAUACAUUAUGCAAUUUCAAUACAUUGAAAAACACAGAGGUAUAAACGAAGGAGCUAGAAAUAGGAGGUAGCGAUGUCACUGAAUUUCUUGCAUAUUUCACUAGUGUCGAAAUUUGUUAUGCCACUAUAACUCACAAGUUGCAUUUCCUGCAAAUAUAGCAUGCGAUGAGAAACUGUUACCAAGCGCUCGGUGUAAGGGUUAAAUACACUAUUACAGUUGUUUAUAUUUGGUUUGAAAAUGGACUAGAGAUGCAAAAAUUUUGAACCGGAAAAAACCAGGCAUUUGAAAAAAGGUUUAGAGUGGCCACUCUCUAUCUUUUAAGGCCAAAAGAAGCUUUUUUAUUGGUACAAUUAAUUUAAAUUUGUUUUGUGAAUAUUUAAAAAAACAAUAAUAUAUCACUGUAAUCCAAGACCAUGUAUUCCUCAUAAUCUUACGUUUUAUUUAAGCAUACAUAUGACUAUGUUUAAUUUAGCAUAGUAGCCCAAAAUCUCCCUGCUACUAAACAGUUUUUAACACUGCUAGUCGGAAUGUCAAGCAAUAAAGCGAAAUAAUUUUGAAUUAAUGCAUCCUUUAAUGUUAAAAUAUUUCUGUUUUGUUUAGUAAAUAUUUAUUUUUUCGGCACAAUUGGUCAAUUUGAACAUGUCAGCAUGGCAGUCAGUACAUUUCCAGUCAGUUUAAGUGCCCGUCUGGACAAGAUAGUCAAUGGCAGCUAGAACUGGAAACUAGUAUUUCUACCAGAACUGUCUCUUUCCACAAUCCCGUGGAAAAUGUAGAUGGGUUUAAAUAAAUGUUUCGUUCUGUUUACAGUCUCAGAGACAGACUUGACCAGAGACCGAGACUCACUGACGUACCAAUAGACCUACCACCAACUGUUACUAAAACGUCCUGAGUUUACCAAGUUUUUUUUUUUAGGCUAAUUAAUCUAUUUUCUCACUAAUUCAUCCAGAUUUUUAUUAGUCAGUGAAAUUCUCAGUAUUUUUCAGCCAAAGAAGGACAUUUUGUGUUACAUCUGUGUAUAUCUUUAUAUAAUUCGGCAUAUCCCUUACAGUGUAAUAUUUUUGUCAAUAAUGUAUAAUUUUGGUGGUAAUAAAACAUAUUACUACUU